UUGAGUACAGGUCCAAUGGGCGCCGCAGUACAGUUGCAGUAGAAGAGUUUAAUCUACCAAAAAAAGAAGAAAAAACAUCGACCGGAGAGAACGCACCUCCAAAACGACACAGAGAGUCAAUUCUUUAGACAUCGUUGGCAGGAAUGUCUGAUGUUAGUGCUGGGCCUGACACUGGCAAGACCCAGGCCGCUGACCCUCAAAUGGAUAAGGAGGAUACACUAAAUGCUAACGAGGAAACUCAAAAUGAUAACGAGGGAACGCUAAACGCUAACGAGGAAAUGCUAACCGAUAACCAGAUCGAUAAGGGGGAUGGUGACAUUGAUGGUGGAGAUAUUCAGAUCCGUGAUGAAGAUGGUGACAUCCAGAAUGAGUCUCAAAGCGAUGAUGAAGACGCUCAAACGGACAAUACUGAUGUCCCCAAAGGAAAUUGUGAUGCUCAAAUGGAUACUGAAGAUGCUGAGACUGACCGAAAGGGAAGCGAGAUGGCCGAGGAUUCCCCCAGGAGCGCGGCGGCCGAAAUCUCGGUCACCAGCAACGGAGACGCCGAGGAGAGGCACGGGAGCGUCUUCCAGAGCGGCUCCUCUCACAGCAUGCCCGGGGGCUUGAGCCUGUCAGAAACCUGCAUCACCUCCAGCUACGGCUCGGCCACGGAGGGCAUCAUCGAAUCAGGCCCUUACAAAGGCAGGGCGAAGCCGCAGUCGAAGGCCGGGGCUGUGGUCCUGGCUGAUGACAUGAAAAAUCCUGCCAUGGAGAAGCUGGAGCUGGUGAGGAAGUGGAGCAUCAACACGUACAAGUGCACCAGGCAGAUCCUGUCGGAGAAGCUGGGCCGCGGGUCGCGCACCGUGGACCUGGAGCUGGAGGCCCAGAUCGAGAUCCUCCGGGACAACAAGCGCAAGUACGAGCACGUGGUGAGGCUGGCGCAGACGCUGGCCUCGCAGCUCUUCCAGAUGGUGCAGACGCAGCGGCAGCUGGGGGACGCCUUCGCCGACCUCAGCCUCAAGUCGCCCGAGCUCCACGAGGAGUUUGGCUUUAACGCUGAUACCCAAAAACUCUUGUCCAAAAACGGAGAGACGCUGCUUGGAGCCAUCAACUUCUUCAUCUCUAGCGUGAACACUCUGUUGGACAAGACAAUCGAAGACACCAUGAUCAAUAUUAAACAAUAUGAGACAGCUAGGAUCGAGUAUGACGCGUACCGCACCGACCUGGAGGAGCUGAAUCUGGGCCCGCGGGACGCCAACACUGUCCCCAAGAUCGAGCAGUCCCAGCAGCUGUUCCAGAUCCACAGGGAGAAGUACGAGAAGAUGCGUAACGAUGUGUCCAUCAAACUGAAGUUCCUCGAGGAGAACAAGGUGAAAGUGUUGCACAAUCAGCUGGUCCUGUUCCACAACGCCAUCGCCGCGUACUAUGCCGGGAACCAGCAGCAGCUGGAGCAGACGCUCAAACAGUUUCACAUCAAGUUGAAAAUGCCGGGCGGGGACACCCCAUCCUGGCUAGAGGAGCACUAAUCCCUCCCGCGCCCGUGCCGAGGGACACCCUCGGGAGUGUCCGGGACCCCCUUCCCUCCCGCCCCGUGCUCAUCAGUGACACUCCUCCUCUCCAACACAAACACACAGCCUGUUCUCAAACCCUGUCAGGAAAGAGAAAACAGACAGAAAUAUUUAUACUGAGUACCCAAUUUUCUCUAAGCUCAGAAUUCCAUUUUAUACUGUGUGAUUGGUAUGUUUCACGCUGUUGUGAACAGUGAGUUAUCUCUUGCUAAUUUUUUUUUUUCUUGUGGAAGAAGUGAAUGGCCCCAGUUGGCAGAAUCAGAGGAUCAUUGUGUGCAGAGGGUUUUGUUUCUGAUGAAGUCUGUCGGGUUGGAUGCACUGAAUGCAUUGGGAAUGUGUUCUGGCCCUAUACUAGGUCCUGUAAUCCUUCAGUAGGUGGAUGCAAUAUUGCAGCUCCUCUAAUAUAUCACAGCUCUGACUGUUCAUUCUUCCUUCUAUCUUUACAACUUUCAUUUUUUUCCAAGAAAGAGAAAAGAUUGACAUUAAUUGAACUUUUUUGUAAUCUUGUGAGAUUAGAAGGACCAGCCUUAAUGUGCGACUUGAUGUGCCUUUUUUUAUAUAUAUAUAUAUGUGUGUGUGCGUGUGUGUGUGUAUAUGUGUGUGCGUGUGCGUGUGUGUGUGUACUCCUCACAACACUUUUGUGUUAGAAUAACACAUGGAUAUUCUCGCUGUCAGAUUGUUCACCGUUCCGUUAAAGGCAGCGAGUGGACCAAAAAUGCACACACACAGAAACACAUUUAAAAAAAAAAA